GUUGGACGUGGAGAGGAGGACUACACCCGCCCCGCCGCCGCCGUCGCUGCCGCCGCGAUCCCACAUUUGUUUUUUUUUUUUGCGUUUUCGCUCAUUAACCGCUUACCGCACGAUAGUCGUUGCGCGUGUGUACGAUUUUUUUUUCGUCAGCUUGCGCGCGCGUGCGUGAGUGUGUGUAGUUUUCUGUCCGCGCACGACGACGACGUAACGCAAACCAGAAAUUCGCGCGACGGCGUUCAGACGUGUCGCGAUUACAGCGACGGUGGACCGGCGUUUGCGUGGCGACGACGAUAUUCGUGUACCAUUAUAUUUUAUAUUAGUCUAGUGUAGAGUCAUUCGAGUCGGCCCGGGGCCGUUGCAGACUUCAGUAAUAAUAUUACAACGCUUUCAUUAUAAGACGCACGCGACCACACGCAGCACGUACCCGACACGACCGCGACGCCGACCCAAAGACAAAUUUUGCUACCGGUCCAAAAGACAUCACUAACACCACUGCAGCGGAAGCAGCAGGAGGUACUGCCGCCACUGGCGGUAAGUUUGCUGACGUCGUAUGUCUGUCGUGUCAUUAACGACAAAAGCAAAACGACGUAAUAGUGUAAAAGUUAAUAGAUAAAAAUAAUAUGGCCACAAUAGACGGGCGACCCGCCCAAUAUGGGGUGACGUUAAAGCAAUUACGUGAGCUCAUGGAGCACAGAGGACGUGAAGGUAUCGUAAAACUAAAUGAACUGGGUGGCGUUCAGGAUGUUUGUAAAAAGCUGUACACAUCGCCCAGUGAAGGAUUAAGUGGAUCUACAGCCGAUCUGGAGCACAGGAAAGAGACGUUCUCCUCAAAUACCAUACCCCCUAAACCUCCAAAGACCUUCAUGCAACUUGUCUGGGAAGCUCUGCAGGAUGUCACUCUAAUUAUUUUAGAAAUUGCUGCUCUCGUAUCAUUGGGAUUAUCACUUUACAAACCUGCCGACGAAGAAUCAAUGGGUGCAGAAGACGAUGAAGCAAAACAUGGGUGGAUUGAAGGAUUAGCCAUAUUAAUAUCCGUUAUAGUGGUCGUUAUUGUAACAGCGUUUAAUGAUUAUACGAAAGAAAGACAGUUCCGUGGACUUCAAAACCGUAUCGAAGGUGAACACAGAUUUAAUGUCAUCAGGCAUGGCGAAUUGCAACAAAUCUCCGUAGGAGAAAUAGUAGUUGGUGACAUUUGUCAGAUUAAAUACGGAGAUUUGCUACCAGCUGAUGGUGUGCUAAUUCAAAGUAACGAUUUGAAAGUUGAUGAAUCUUCAUUAACUGGAGAGUCCGACCACGUCAAAAAAGGAGAACAGUUCGAUCCCAUGGUCUUAUCAGGAACCCAUGUAAUGGAAGGCAGUGGAAAAAUGUUGGUCACUGCAGUGGGUAUAAAUUCUCAGGCUGGAAUAAUAUUCACACUCUUAGGCGCAGCAGUAGAUCAACAAGAGGAAGAAAUGAAGAAGCAACGGAAAGAAGCCAAAAAACUAAAGACAAAGAAGAGCUUAACUGAUGAAGUACCACCUACUAUCAACAGCCAUGCCACUGAUAUCGGUAUGAAACAAAUGGACAAAGGAGGUGAAACAGAUGAUGAUGCUGCUGGAGGUGGAGGACAAUCUGGUGAGUCAGAAGAACCAGCAAAAAAAGACAAGUCUGUGUUGCAAGCCAAACUCACAAAGUUGGCCAUUCAAAUUGGAUAUGCUGGAUCAACGAUUGCUGUACUCACUGUGCUUAUAUUAGUAAUUCAAUUUUGUAUCCAUACAUUUGUCAUACAACAAAAACAGUGGAAGAACCAUUACGCGGGUGAAUUUGUUCGCCACCUUAUUAUUGGUGUCACUGUCUUGGUAGUGGCUGUUCCUGAAGGACUUCCUCUCGCUGUUACUCUGUCUUUAGCAUACUCUGUCAAGAAAAUGAUGAAAGAUAACAAUUUGGUAAGACAUUUGGACGCUUGUGAAACUAUGGGUAAUGCCACUGCCAUUUGUUCUGAUAAGACCGGUACACUAACAACAAACCGAAUGACAGUUGUCCAGUCUUACAUCUGUGAAGUCCUUAGUAAAACAAUGCCUCAAUUUGCAUCGAUACCAUCGAAUGUUGGAAACUUAUUAGUGCAAGCAAUAUCUAUUAAUUCAGCGUAUACGUCUAAAAUUAUGCCACCCGACGAUCCUACCAGUGAACUCCCUAAACAAGUUGGUAACAAAACCGAGUGUGCACUUCUAGGAUUUAUUCUUGCUCUUGGUAAAAAUUAUCAAACCUGGCGUGACGAUAUACCCGAAGAAAUGUUAACACGUGUGUAUACAUUUAACUCUGUGCGGAAGUCCAUGAGUACAGUCAUUCCAAGAGAAGGUGGUGGCUACAGAUUAUUUACUAAAGGUGCCUCUGAAAUCGUACUAAAAAAAUGUUCGUAUAUCUACGGUCGCGAUGGUCGAUUGGAGAAAUUCACUCGUGAAAUGCAAGAUCGUUUGGUGAGAAAUGUUAUUGAACCUAUGGCUUCUGAUGGCCUUCGUACUAUUUCUGUUGCGUACAAAGAUUUCAUACCCGGAAAAACUGAUUCACCCAACCAAGUGCAUUAUGAAGGAGAACCCGAUUGGGAAACCGAAGACAAUAUAGUGUGCGACCUCACUGCAUUGUGUGUUGUAGGAAUUGAAGAUCCUGUUCGACCAGAGGUGCCUGAAGCUAUUAGAAAAUGUCAGCGAGCUGGUAUUACUGUACGUAUGGUUACCGGAGAUAAUGUGAACACAGCCCGAUCAAUUGCCACCAAGUGUGGUAUCUAUAAAACUGGAGAAGACUGGCUUGUAUUGGAAGGCAAAGAAUUCAAUCAACGAAUUCGUGAUGCUAAUGGCGAUGUUCAACAGCAUUUAUUGGAUAAAGUGUGGCCUAAAUUGAGAGUAUUGGCUAGGUCAUCUCCAACAGAUAAAUACACAUUGGUAAAGGGUAUUAUUGACAGUAAAGUGAGUGAAAGUCGUGAGGUAGUGGCAGUGACAGGUGACGGUACCAAUGAUGGUCCUGCGUUGAAAAAAGCUGACGUUGGAUUUGCCAUGGGUAUUGCUGGAACAGAUGUAGCUAAAGAAGCUUCAGAUAUUAUUUUGACAGAUGACAACUUCAGUAGUAUUGUUAAAGCAGUAAUGUGGGGUCGUAAUGUGUACGACAGCAUUGCUAAAUUUUUACAGUUUCAGUUGACCGUAAAUGUGGUAGCUGUUAUUGUAGCGUUUAUAGGAGCAUGCGCCGUCCAAGACAGUCCGCUAAAGGCCGUUCAAAUGUUGUGGGUAAACUUGAUUAUGGACACGCUUGCCUCGUUGGCGUUGGCCACUGAGCUGCCCACUUCCGACUUGCUGUUGCGGAAACCGUACGGUCGUACGAAGCCUCUGAUAUCGCGCACCAUGAUGAAAAACAUCAUUGGCCAGGCCGUCUAUCAAUUGACGGUCAUCUUCUCACUGUUGUUCGCCGGUGACAAGAUGCUGGACAUCCCUACAGGCCGUGGAGCUGAAUUCGGCUCGGAGCCCACGCAACAUUUCACCGUCAUCUUCAACACGUUCGUCAUGAUGACGCUAUUCAAUGAGAUCAACGCUCGUAAAAUCCACGGCCAGCGUAACGUGUUCCAGGGAUUCUUCACCAAUCCGAUAUUCUACAGUAUAUGGAUCGGCACCGUGCUGUCACAAGUGUUCAUCAUCCAGUACGGCAAGGACGCGUUCAGCACCAAGAGCCUCACGCUGGAGCAGUGGAUGUGGUGCUUGUUGUUUGGGUUUGGCACCCUGCUGUGGGGUCAGAUAGUCACCACUGUGCCUACCCGCAAAAUCCCGAAACUUCUGUCAUGGGGACGCGGACAUCCAGAGGAGUACACCAACGCUAUAAAUCUAGGUGAAGAGAACAGAUACGAUCCCGAUUCCGGGCAAAAGCCGCGGGCCGGCCAGAUCCUGUGGAUCCGUGGACUGACCAGGCUACAGACUCAGGUGAUAGGCGGUGAAUUGCAAGAACGUUUGAUUCCGGUCCCAUACAGCAAGAGCUCCACUGACCAAGCUAUACGAGUGGUUAACGCUUUCCGGCAGGGUCUGGACGCACGUUACGGCGAGUCGCUGGCCGAAGUGUUGCGCAAACAGCCGUGCUUCAGCAAGAGACUAUCUGCGGCGACGGGCGGCGGCGGCGGAUCGUCGUCCAAAACCGGCGGAGGCAGUGGCACCGGCACCGGCGGAUCCAUCGAAUACGCUGACAGCGACAAUGCGAUCGGCGUCCCUCACAUCGACGUCGAACGUCUUUCGUCGCACAGCCACACGGAAACGGCCGUGUAAAUCAUUUUUAUUACUAAUUAUUAUUAUUAUUAUUUUACUUUUUCUUUUCGUCGCGCGAAAAACACGACAUUUAUACUUUAUAUACAUUAUAAUAUCGAUUCGUUCGUCCUCCCACCCCCCCCCCCCCCCACCCGUGACAUACCACACACGAGCUUUUCGUCGUAGUGAGUUUUUCGUUUUUUAUUCACAGUCGGUACACAAUAAUAUAAUUAUAUAUACCGUCAAGCAGUCAACUCUCGUUGUCAUUUUUAUUUUUCCUUUUGUUUAACUUACUUGAGCGUCAGUAAACAUUUUAUUUUCAUUGAAAUAUAAUUAUAAGUCUAGCCCUCCGAAUCCGGCCUCGUCGCGGGAUAGACCACCUCUCCAUAACUUCCUUCCGUUCCACUACUGAAUAUUAAUAAUAAAAAUAAAUAAAGUAGGUACGCCAAUAAACACGGUUGUCGUUUAAUAAUUGAUAUUCACAUCACCCAUAUUUAUAUAAUGCGAUAGUAUAAUAAUAUGCGUGUUGUAUAUUCAUUAUAAAAUAUACGUAUUGCUAAUAUUUUGAUUUCAACUAAAAACUCGUUACGUGCCUUAUACAAACAACAAUAGUUUAUAAUAUUAUUGAAAUAUUAAACGUAUUACGUACAUUUAUUAUUAUAUACACGUAUUAUAUUAUUAUUAUCGGCACGUUAUAUAUUAAUAUACUAUAUCUUCCGCGCGUCGCCGAAAUAUUGGACCGGUGUGGGAGGGUUAGCUUAUAUCGUUAACUCGUCAUAUACAUAGUUGUAUCGUCAACGCGGAUAAUAAACAAUUUAAUUAAAUCCAACCAAUAAUUUUACCAUUCCGAAUUGUCCGUCAUCGUUUAUGUUGUUUAUUAUGUUAUUAUUGUUGUAUCGAUCAAGCGUUUGAGCUCUCUCGUGUGUACAUCGCAAAGUACAAAAUAAAAAAGAACCAAAUUCCGUACGGUGAUGUAAUUUUAAUAUUUUACUCUUUAUUAUCCCCACGCCCUUCUUGACUCAAUUCAACUUUAAUAUAUAUAUUACGUUAAGUGUGUUGUGUGUUCCUUUCGCUAAUUCUCGUAUAUGCCAUUACCUACCAAAGCAUCGUUAAAAUAAAAAAAAUAAUAAUAAUAAUAAUAACAAUAAUAAUGAUAUCAAUAAUAGCUGACUACGGAACACAAUUUAUAGUAUAUACGCUAUAUAUAUAUAUAUGCUGCCGCCGACGUUGCAUUUAUCAUAAAUACAUUUAAAUACUAAACAUUUUUUACUGUCGACGCAUUGUAGAAACUCUCGGAAUGUGUUCUCUUAAAUACAUAAAUUAUUACCUACUACUAUAUUAUAUUGUUAAUACACAAAUUUACGCAUAUAUAAUGUCGUGUACUACAUAAUAUUAUAUAAGUACCUAUUAAAACAUUUAUUUCGUUUGUAAUAAUAAAAAUAAAAUAAUAAUAUUUUAGACGUGUCUCGAUCAAACAUAAAAACAAAACAAAAAAAAAUUAGUUUUGUAGUUUUAAUUUAAUUUUUUUUUAUACUUAACGUAAUAUUAUUUGUUUUGUGUACAUAUAUAUAAUAAUAUAGUUUUUUUCUUUUAUUCUUUUUUUUUUUUUCAAAAUCAUUUUAAUUAAUAUUCGAUUAUUACCUAUGUUUUCGUUAAGCGUAAUAUGUAUAUAUUAAUACUUUUGAUAUGAUAUAUUAUUGUUAUUUCACGUGUAGUUUAUUUUAUUAGCAACACGGAGUCGGAAACGAGCCAUACGACGCUUUUCGUAUUAAUAAUAAUAAACAUUUUUAAAAAAUACUCCAGAAUGACUAUGUAAAUUUAAUGUAUAGGCGUGUAUACAAUAACAUUACAUAAUGUACACUAACGCCUUGUCCUAUGUGAAUGCGACGAGUGCGAUGAGUGCGUGCGAUUUCUAUUGUGAGUGCGAUGCGUCCGAUGCGGCGAAAUACAAACUGUUUUGUUUUUCAUCGCAUUCGUCGGAUUCACUAGGACACGGCGUAAUAUUAUAAUAUUAACGGCGUCUCGUUUUAUUUAUAUAUAUAUAUAUAUAUAUAUAUUUUUUUUUUUUGUGUGUGUAUAUAAUAUGUAUAUGCAUAGUGUUAGGUAGUAAGUCUUGAAACUAAUCGGCUCAACGUUUACCACAUGGUUCUCAUAUUAUAUUAAUUAAUAUUUAGAUAUAAUGUAUAGAUAUAUACAUUAUAGGCAUAUACUAGAUAUUUAACCCGCGUGCCGUCGACGGUCCGACCUGUUAUUUUUUUUUGCGCUUUUAAGUCCGCCGAAACGAAUAGCUUUGCCUUGGUGUGUGAUUUGGGGAGGGGGGGAGGGGGAGGUAGCCCUAAGAAGUAUCGAUUGAUAGCCAUAGGUGUAGCUGUCCCGUCCAGUCGUUAUUUUACGGGUGACGAGAAGAAAAUAUACUUUUUUAGUUAGGCACGGCUGUAACACAUUCGAAUACAUAUUAUUAGACCAUUGGAUUUGGUUUUAUUCGUCGUCGUCUUACCGCGACGAACAUUUAUAGGCCUUAGCGGGUGGGGGAGGGGGUGAAGAGUGUGGGGAAACCCGGAUGAAUACAUUCUAUGAGGUCGCUGACGAAAAUUCGUAAACUACGGCAAGUCAUAUGUCGCAGUUUACGGAUUUGCAAAUUGAGAAAAUCCAUUUGAAACCAAAAAGAAAACCUACUGCAAUCUAUCCGUUUGUAUUAAUAUUAUGUAGUACCCGCCGAUGAUGUACAUCAUAUUAUUCUUAUACUGUGUUUUGCACUGCGUAAUUUUGAUCGUUUUCACAAAAAAAUUAUUUAAACCGACGACCGCCGAUAGUGUCGCGUUCGGGUUUAGGGGGAACAAAAAUUGUUACGCAUAAUAUACAUAGUUAGAUGCCAUCGGCAGUGUUGAACAGAUCUAGGUAUACCAAUAUUAUAUAAUAUACAAUACCUAUAUAUACACACACAACGUCAAUAUUUUACCCUCCGCCGCCGUUGCAGGUGCCAUGUUAAUUGUUUCGGGUCCGUUACUAUAUAUAUAUAUGUAUAUAUUAUAUACAUAAUAUUACUUUAUGUAUUGUUAUAACCGUAGUUUAAUUAUUAUUAUUAAUUAUAUUUAUUUAUUUAUUUAAUUUUUUUUUUUGUUUUCGCAUAUCGAUGAUAAUAUUACUGCUGGAACAUUCUGGAGUAUUGAGUUCGCCUUAUUAUACUUAAAUACAAUAUUAAUGACACGUAUGAUUUAAAUAAUUAAUUAAUUAAUUUAAUAUCGUAUAUUAUAUAAGUAAAUAUUUAUUAUUAUGCAGUAGCAACGUACUCGUUGGAAGCUAUAAUAAGUAUAUGUUUAAGUGCGCCAAAAUAUAUAAUAUGUACUUUGUAGACGGCCCAAUGGAUGUCAAAAUGUCAAAAUAAAAUGCAAUUUAAAUUUUGUA